AGGGCGUUCGGAUAUUCCCGGUAGUGUUCGGGUAUUUCCGGCGGGGUUCGUGGGUUUGGUGCUGAGGCUGCGGCUCCAUCUCAGGACCGGGAUGUCAAUAGUUGGCCUGGACUCAGAUAGUAUUCCCCAGAUGGAUCACUCUACCUUUCACCGUUCCUCACCAACUCUGAGCAGCAAGUUUGGCCAUAAUCUGGGAAUACUGAACUUCUUGGACUCACUGGCCAAUGGGACGAUGGAACACUGUUACAAUGCACGAUCCCGGAGCACUGUGCUUCAAGGGCUUUCCUUUGGAGGAAUCCCCACUGUACUCGCUAUCAACUUCAUUGUCUGGCUGGUGCUGCUCUUCAUAUUUUCUUGCCUGCGGAAGGCAGCCUGGGACUAUGGGCGUUUGGCUCUGCUAAUGGACAAUGACAGCCUCACCUCUUUGUUUUACGGUGAACAGACUGAAAAGGAGAAAUCUCCUUCCGAAACCAGCCCAACUGAGCUAGAGAGUAAAGAUGUGGGCUUCUGCUCCUGGUUGACCACACUCUAUCACAUGAGGGACGAUGAGAUUCAGUACAAGUGUGGAUUCGACGCCAUUAUCUACCUCUCAUUUCAGCGACAUAUUCUGGUCCUCCUCACUGUGGUCUGUGUCCUGUCGAUUGCCAUUGUCCUUCCUGUCAACUUCUCUGGGGACCUGCUGGGUAACAGCCCGCAACAUUUUGGCCGCACCACAAUUGCAAAUGUCCCUGCAGAUGAUCGACUGCUCUGGUUACACAGUAUCUUUGCACUUCUUUACUUCAUAGUAACUGUGAUCUGCAUGGGUCAUCAUUCUCUGCAACUGGAUGACAAAGACAACGAAAAGGUGGCAAGAACGCUGAUGAUUUCACAAAUCCCAAAGGAAAUCACAGACACAAAUCUCAUUAUUAAACAUUUCCAUGAAGCCUAUCCCAGUUGUACUGUGACAGAUGUGCAGUUCUGCUUCGAUGUCCGGGCACUGAUGAAACUGGACUCUGAGAGACGAAAGGCAAUGAAAGGCAGGCUGUAUUUCACAGCCAAGGCUCAAAAGGAAGGAAAGAUAAUGAUUAAGACCCAUCCAUUGGCCAGGAUCUGUUGCUGCGAUUUCUGUGGGUUUGAACAGGUGGAUGCAGAGCAAUACUACAGUGAAUUGGAGGAGAAGCUAACAGAUGAGUUUAAUGCUGAGCGGAAUCGGAUUACCUUGAAAAGGCUGGGGAUGGGUUUUGUAACCUUCCAGGAUGAGCGGAUGACAGCAGUCAUUGUGAAGCAUUACCAGCACAGCCGAUGCCGAUAUCAGCCACAGCAGUCCAGUGUCACCACAGUCAUCAAGUCUUAUAGAUGGGAUGUGAGAUAUGCCCCAGCACUGAGCGACAUUAUCUGGGAAAAUCUGUCGGUGCAAGGUAGCACUUGGUGGAUCCGCUGCACACUCCUCAAUAUUUUUCUCUUCCUGCUCCUCUUCUUCCUCACAACUCCUGCCAUCAUCGUCAAUACCAUGGACAAGUUCAAUGUUACCAACCCUGUUGAGAGCCUCAAGAAUCCGAUUGUAACACAGUUUUUCCCGACCCUGCUCCUGUGGACAUUCUCUGUGCUUCUUCCAUUCAUUGUGUACUACUCUGCUAUCUUUGAAUCCCACUGGACUAGGUCAACUGAGAACCAAGUGACAAUGCACAAGUGUUAUUUCUUCCUAGUCUUUAUGGUGAUCAUUCUGCCAUCGUUGGGCCUGACCAGUCUUGAUGUCUUUUUUCGAUGGCUUUUCGACAUACACUUUCUAGAUGAAGCAGAUAUUAAAUUCCAAUGUGUCUUUCUCCCAGAUAAUGGAGCUUUCUUUGUUAACUACGUGAUAACAUCCAGUUUGAUUGGUACGGCAAUGGAAUUGCUACGAAUCCCAGGACUGCUUGUAUACACAGCACGCCUUGCUUUUGCUAAAUCAAAGGCUGAGCAGAUACACGUGAAAAAGAAUCAGGCCUACGAAUAUCAGUUUGGUCUGGAAUAUGCUUGGACAAUGUGUAUAUUUGCAGUUGUGAUGACGUACAGCAUUACGUGUCCAAUAAUUGUUCCCUUUGGAUUGCUAUACAUGUUGCUGAAACACCUGGUGGAUCGAUAUAAUAUUUACUACGCCUGUGUGCCCACUAAACUCAACCAUCGGCUACACUCUGCUGCAAUCGGCCAAGUCAUCAUUGCACCUAUCCUGUGCAUGUUCUGGCUCCUCUUCUUCUCAGUGCUGAGACUUGGACCAGUCCAACCCAUCACGCUGUUCACCUUUAUCACUCUGCUCCUCUGCAUCAUCUUCUCACUGUUUGGAUUCUGCAUGAAAGGACUGCACAAACUCAAAUCUCAAAACUACCAGAUGACAGAGCAGGAAUCUGAUGGCAUGUUCACAGAUGGAGAAAGGAGCAGUGUGUCAUCAACACCAAACUCCAAUGUGUUUGUUGCAGCUGUUCUCCAGGAUCCUGAACUGGGACUAAUGCCUGCAGCAUCCCCUGCACAUCAGACAUAUGGGACCAUGGAAAAUCGUGUUGAUGAGACCAAAUCUGAGGACUCUGGCCAAAUACAAAGCUCUGAAGCAGGUUUAGAGAGACAACAUCAUGAGCUGACUGCUGGAUCAUUGAUGGACAGUGAGAUUCAUUAUCACUAAGGGAUGCUGGGAUAGCCGUACAAUUGCAGACUAUAACUGAGCAAUGUUUUUCUCUCUGGAGGCUCUCGAUUUUAACGCCACAGAUACCUGCUGAUUGUGCAGGCAAACAAGAACGUGAGCUUUUGAGAAGAGGUUGGUUGGAGCCAAACAUCAGAUUACUUUGUUCUAUAGCUCUGCCUGUGAUAGCAUGGUCAUUCUUGGCCACACUGCUAUCAGCACGUCCCAGUGAAUGCUGCAUGUUUCUGAGUGCCUAGACAGUAUUGUGUGCUGCACCAUAUCUGCCUGUAUGUGGGAGCUGGAACGUUGCUGGAACAUGCUUCCAUCAAAAGAUGCCACAUUACUUAGAAAACCAUAUGGCUCCUCUCAAUGACCAAAUACCAAUAAGGCCUGGCAUCCUGUGAUCUUAUUCAGUUGUGUGUGUAUAUAUACAUGAUAUAUAGUUACUACUUUAAUCUGUAUAGCUUCAAACCAAUUCUCUUUUGAUUUGUUGCUGGCUAAUUUGAUGAUUUAAAAUUAACAAGUGGUAAGUAGUGUUUCUCUUCUUAAUCCAGCUCCAGUGGUCUGGGUGUUUAUUUGACAUUUCACUUCCUGCUACAUUCUGUCCUCUUCCUCAUGGUCUAUUUCACCUUUCUGUCCUUUCUUUUACUAAUUCCCAUUAAUUUCUGCAUUUCCCAUACAUUGUUGCAUUCCUAUUAUCUACAAUUCCUGUGUUUACAUUUUUGUUUCAGCUUGUUUUCCUGCAUUCCCCAGUUUUUUCCUUCAUUUGUAGUAUCUUUCCACUACUGGCCUUGUGCAUUUACACUUCUUCACCCAGAGGAGUAACUGGCAAAGGCAGGGAAGAUGUGGUCAGACAGACAGACAUGAAGUAUAAUCAGACAUGCAGUAUUGGAAGUGGAUGCAUUGAGGUAUCGGGGUCGAUAAGUCGACAAUACAACAAAGUGGCUACCUACAUUCGAGAGAUUUUUUGACCUGAGUCACUAUCUUACAUGGAAGCAAGGUGGAAAGCAGAGAUUUAUAUACAUUCAUGUGAUUUAAGCAAUGUAGUCAAUGAGAAGUAACUUGCAUAAACCCCCAGUCAAGAUGAUGGUUCAAUUCAUUGCAUUAGGAACACAAACAGGAGAAAGCCAUUUAGCCUCAAUACUCCAUUCGACUAUUUAGUCAGAUCAUGGCUGUGAUUUACUUACACAAACUAUCCUUGGCCAUUCUACCUUUGU